AUUGCAUACAGCGGGAUGUUUCUGCAGUCCUGUUGGAGCAUCCCUGCUGCACACAUCCUGGCACGCAGGAGCCCUGACUUUCUUGGCUCUGUUACGCCUCGAGCUGUCGGCAGGACAGAGGGCCGAUCAGAUCUCCAUCACCAUCUCCUCCUCCUCAUCAUCAUCAACACACACCCUUAACCCCCAACCCCUCCUUCUUCCCCCCCUCCCUCAGAGGUGUCUGGUGACUCUAGCCCCUGUUAUCUUGCCCCUCCCUUCAUAGUGGAGAAGAGGAAGAGAGAGAGAGAGAGAGAGGCUGCAGCCCACUACCACUAUGUCCCCAGAGGCCCCUUGCCUGCCUGCCUGCCUGACUGCCUGCCCCUCCUGCUGCUCAGUACAGCUGUGGCUCAGCACCAGACCCUGACACCAGCUGGGAUCUCAACCCUGCCAGAGGAUCCACGAGAAGAGUUUCUCUUCAUUAGGUGAACCACACAGACACUCAACUCCAACUACAGCUGCCAAAAAAAACCUCUCCUCUGGCCAUCUAUAAUCAUGGCUGUGGCACCCCGGGCCCCGGCGCUCACCCUGCCCCUGGUGCUCACCUUGCUCAGCCUGGCACCGCUGCCCACUUUGGGAGGCUGCCCAUCUGCCUGCCGGUGCUCUUUCGCCAUGCUGCAGUGCCUGGAGUCCGAUGGGAUCACCAGCAUCCCGACACUGGCACUGCAGGAGAGCGAGAACGUGACAGAGAUCUACAUAGAGAACCAAGCGGGCCUGGAGAACAUAACAGAGAUCGAUCUCAUAAACUACAGAGAGCUGAAGAACCUCACGGUCACGUCAUGUAAGCUGAGGCUCAUCUCCGCCAAUGCCUUCCAACACAACCUCAAGCUGCAAUAUGUGAACCUGGCAUCCAACUUCCUCGAACACAUCUCCUGGAGGGUGUUUCAUAUUCUCCCGCUGCUCAACCUGGUUUUGAGGGACAACCCUCUCGUUUGCUCGUGUGACCUUCACUGGCUCCAGGAGUGGCAGCGUAGUAAACGCGGUGACGUGGAUACUCAGAUGUUGUCUUGUUUCUCCAACGAAUUGGAAGUACCACUCAACUCUUUGGUGAUAGAAAACUGCAGUCUGCCCGAGGUGAAGAUUUACUCCAGAUCCAAAGACAAGAUUCAAGAAGGAGGAAACCUGACUUUUGAGUGUAUCGUGACGGGAAGCCCAACUCCCAAUGUGAGAUGGAGAACCGAGAAACUCCGCUCCCGCUUCUUAACACAGGAGAGAGUCAACGGCUCCAAAUUACAUGUGGACCUCUUCCUCACCAACGUUUCCUCCAGCGACAACCUGCACAACCUUACCUGCGAGGCCGAGAACCAAGCCGGGCCAGGGGAGGAUAUGGAGCAAUUGGACAUUGAGUUUCCAGUCAAAAUCCUCUUCCUGUGGGAUGCUGUGCAGCAGCAUCACUGGUGUUUUCCCUUUGCAGUGGAUGGCAACCCUGAACCGACCAUCAUGUGGCUCUGGAACGGCAAAAAACUAAAGGAGAGCAUUUACAUGUACACUCAGCUCAUCCCGGACACAGCUGACGGAUCAGUGAAGCACGGUUGUCUCUUCCUCAACAAGCCCACACACUUCAACAACGGCAAAUACACUCUAAUCGUGGAGAACAAACUGGGACGGGCGGAGGCCACAGCCAAUGGGAUGUUUAUGAUCAACCCCUUCGAAGAUCCUGAGGGGAUAAUUCCAGUCCCUGACGUUGUUCCAAUUCCAACAAACAAAUCAAACAUGGACGUGACAGAGAACCCCGAGAGUCGAGUGUUUGUGGUAUCUGUUGCUGUGGGUCUCGCUGUGUUUGCCUGCACUUUCCUCCUCAUCAUGAUUCUGGUGAUUAACAAGUGUGGCCAGAAUACGAAGUUUGGUAUUCACCGUUCAUCAGUUUUGGGCACUGAGGACGACCUGGCUGUGUCGCUCCGUUUCAUGAACUUUGGAACGAGUCCGCCCUCCUCAGAUGAAGACUCUGGUUUAUCCAGCUUUGUAGAGAAUCCACAGUACUUCUGCGGCAUCAUCAAGGAGAAAGACAUGUUUGUGCAGAAUAUCAAACGUCAGGACAUUGUGUUGAAGUGGGAGCUGGGUGAAGGUGCGUUUGGCAAAGUCUACCUGGCAGAGUGUGCAAACCUGAGCCCAGACAGCGACAAGAUGCUGGUGGCCAUCAAGACUCUAAAGGACGCCAACGAGUCGACCCGGCAGGACUUCCAGAGGGAGGCGGAGCUUCUGACGGUGCUUCAACACCAGCACAUCGUGCGCUUCUACGGCGUCUGCACUGAUGGAGAGCCGCUUGCCAUGGUGUUUGAGUACAUGAGGCACGGAGACCUCAACCGGUUUCUCAGGGCUCACGGUCCUGACGCCCGUAUCCUGGAGGAGACGAAGAUGCCCCCGCUGGGUCAGCUCACUCUGCCUCAGAUGCUGCAGAUCGCAGCGCAGAUCGCCUCGGGGAUGGUCUACCUGGCAUCGCUUCACUUCGUGCACCGUGACCUUGCUACGAGAAACUGUCUGGUGGGCGAGGGGCUGGUGGUCAAAAUCGGCGACUUCGGCAUGUCCAGAGACAUCUACAGCACAGAUUACUAUCGGGUGGGUGGACGCACAAUGCUGCCGAUCCGCUGGAUGCCACCAGAGAGCAUCAUGUACAGAAAGUUCACCACGGAGAGCGACAUCUGGAGCUUCGGCGUGGUGCUGUGGGAGAUCUUCACGUACGGCAAGCAGCCCUGGUACCAGCUGUCCAACAGUGAGGCCAUUGAAUGCAUCACGCAGGGUCGGGAACUGGAGAGGCCUCGAACCUGUCCUAAAGAGGUGUACAUGCUGAUGCAGGGCUGCUGGCAGAGAGAGCCUCAGCAGAGGAUGGUCAUCAAGGACAUCCACAGCCGCCUGCUGGCUCUGGUCAAGAACCCGCCGGUUUACCUGGACAUCCUGGGCUAACGGAGCCCAGAGCAGACCAGGGAGCAGAGUCCAGAGGUUGGGGAGGUCGAGGUUUUCAUUUGAGACUUAACAUUUAUUGUCUUUUAUUCAGUUUCUCCGAUCACAGCUUAUUCAUUCAAACGGGUUCCUCUUGGUUUUAGUUCAGUGUGUCCCAAGUUUUCCCAUUUACUGAUUUCACAGCAGUUUUGCCUCAUAUCCCAACUCGUCCCCCGACCCCUGAUUUCUGCCCCGUCGCCCUCUGGAAACCUGUCAAAUGUUUACCAAAGUGUUUCAUGUUUAUCUGCAGUGAAGAAAGACAUGCAUGGAUCAGAAAUAACUGUAUAUGGGCUUCAGGUAGCUUGGAGUGAGAUGGACUAUCAUGUCCCUGUGAAGGUUUAUGAUGUUCAUUUUAUACGACUCAACAGCCGACACACGUGUUGAGAGGAAAUGAGAAAAUGUAACAGGUGAUUACAAGAGAGGAAUCUUCAUAUCAUGAGUCAAAAGUGGAACAUUUUCCAGAUUUGGGUACGUCAGACCGUCAUUUGUACAGUGAAAUCAAUGAUUUUGGGUACGUUUUGAUAAGGGAGGUAAUUUAAAGGCUUUUACUGAAUGUAUAUAAGAUAUCAAAGUUGUACAAUCAAACCUGGGAAAGCUUGUUUGUUUCUGACGCCUGUAUCAUAUGAGUAUUUUUCAAAAGCAAGAACCAAAUGUCACAUAUUAGCAGUGAAAGUGAGCGUUUACAUUUAAUUCUGCUCUUGCUGUCGAAUAUGAAGAAGAAAGAAAAAAAAAAAACCAUAUGUCCAAAGAACAAAUGUUUGACCUGUGACCUGCCCGCGACACUCAGGAUGUUUAACAUGCGGCCUUCACAAUCAAAGCCCUGCAGUGAAAUACAGUCAGGGGGCAAGAUGGUGGGGAGGUGCCUCUGUGGGAUGUUUUUAGAGGCAACAGAUGGAUUCAAGUGGAUGAAACUCCAGGAGGACGGGGACAGAUGGAGCUGAAACUGAGACAGGAGAGGCCACCACCGUGAAGAGUUUUAAGGGUUUAAAGAAAAUCAUCCUGAUGCCUAAUAUGUGUAAAUGGUAUAUGUACAUACUCCGUAUUAAUGUCUAAAAAGUAUAUAUCUUCAUGUAUUGUUACUCCAGCACUUUGUAUAUUGUCUGCCUUUAUGAAAUAAACAGUCUUGAUUAGAA